AUGGAUCUAAUACGAAAUAGACCAUGUCAAGCUUUAUUGCAACUAUCUCGUAAUACUCAGCCUAUACCACAAGUAACUGUACUGGAUUCCAAUGCUGGAAAAUCAGGUGAGUCUGUUAAACAAUGGGGAUCGAGAUUAAGAAAAAGACUAAAAGAAGUGAUUUAUCAAGAUUACCCUCAACCACAAAAUUUAUUUCAAUGCAAACGUCUUUAUGAUCAAUUAUUGCAAGUUGAUCCAGAGGCAUAUGUUAAUGUCUCAGAAACACCUUUAAUGGAAGAAGAAAAACGCGAAGAGCAAGAAUUCUUUGAUGAACCUGAAAUUGAAGAAGCAAAUUUUCAGCAUGAGACAUCUCCGAUGGUACAGCCAGAAAUCGAUCCUGAAGCUGGUCCAGGCACUCGAACCCAAGAUUAUCGUGAAGCCAGACUUACUAACUCAGAAGAAAUAGUAACUCAACAAACCAUACCAUCAGAUAAUAUAGAAUUGCAACCUGUUCAAUAA